UCUUUCCACUCUCAAGUCUCACCCGCCAAUGGAGCCUCACCUUCACCUUAGCAACGCCCCAAUCUUCGGCUGGUUAUCCUUUCCCCCAACCUCCACAGUCGCUUCAAUGGCUUCCAUAAACCCCACUCCUUUCUUCAUCUCCUCUUCCCGCUCACGGAAACUUAACCGGACUUCCGACCAGUCCUCCGACGGCCUACAGAGAGAUCCCAAGAAGGGCCUGUCUCGGAUUCUGAGGAAAGAUGCUGCUAUUAGAGCUAUUGAGAGAAAAGCCAAUUCCAAAAAGUACAAUAACCUUUGGCCGAGAGCUGUUCUCGAGGCUCUCGAUGAGGCUAUUCAGGAGAAUCUUUGGGAAACCACUCUUAAGAUUUUUGGCCUACUUCGCCAGCAACAUUGGUAUGAACCAAGAUGCAAAACAUACACAAAAUUGUUGAUGAUGCUGGGUAAGUGCAGGCAACCUGAGCAAGCAAGCUUGCUGUUUCAGAUUAUGUUGUCUGAGGGGUUGAAACCUUCUAUUGAUGUUUACACUGCUCUUGUUAGUGCUUAUGGUCGAAGUGGCCUCCUUCACAAGGCCAUUGAAACAGUUGAUGAAAUGAAAUCCAUUUCUGACUGCAAGCCAGAUGUACAUACAUAUUCAAUUCUCAUUGAUUGUUGCACAAGAUACCGUCGUCUUGACCUUCUGAAGGACAUACUUGCUGACAUGUCAUAUCUGGGGAUUACAUGUAAUACAGUCACUUACAAUACUAUCAUUAAUGGAUUUGGAAAGGCUAAAAUGUUUGAGCAAAUGGAAAGCUUGUUAUUGGAAAUGAUUGAAACUGGUAGCUGCCUUCCAGAUUUGAUUACAUUCAAUUCUUUUAUCAGAGCUUAUGGAAAUAGUGAGCAGAUUGAGAAGAUGGAGAAGUGGUAUAAUGAAUUUCAGCUGAUGGGAAUUGAGCCAGAUGAUUGGACAUACAAUACUAUGAUCAGCUCGUACGGGAAAGCUAGAAUGUAUGACAAGAUGGUGUCGGUUUUGAAUUUCAUGGAAAAACGCUUUUUCUCUCCAACAAUUGUUACUAUGAAUACAAUCAUUGAUGUGUUUGGAAGAGCUGGAAAUGUUAAGAGGAUGGAAGAAUACUUCAGAAAAAUGAAACAUCAGGGAAUGAAGCCUAACUCUGUAACUUACUGUUCUCUUGUUAAUGCAUAUGGUAAAGCUGGUAAUAUUGAGAAAGUUGAUUCAAUUUUGAGGCAAAUUGAAAAUUCUGAUGUGGUACUGGAUACCCCUCUUUUUAACUGCCUUAUCAAUGUGUAUGGCCAGGCUGGUGAUGUGAGAAAGAUGGGAGAGUUAUUCUUGGAAAUGAAAGAGAAUAAAUGUGUUCCUGAUAGCAUUACAUUUGCUACAAUGGUUCAUGCCUUAAAGACUCAUGGCAUGACUGAGGCUGCUCAAAGAUUGGAAAAUAAGUUGAUUGUCGGUAGAGACGACAAGAUAAAUUAGUGCUUAUUUAUGAUUUUUGGAAACGCCACGUUCAACAUAGCUCAACGGUUAAGGCAUUACUACUAAUCUCAAGAGGUUGUAGGUUUGAAUCUUCCUACUCCACAUGUGAUGUAGAUUCAUAAGAUUAUGUUGGCAUGUCACUCAGUUCUCUUGUCGUAUAUAUGCUUCUUUGGAAACGCCACGUUCUGCCUACACCAGAAAAUCUCUUGCUUUUUUAGUGCCUUUUCCUUGCAGCUGAUUUUAUGUUGUUCUCAUGUACCAAAACUUUAUUAUCCUCUUACAUCCCUUUUAUAUCCUAUUGGUUUGAUGCAAAGAGGUGGGCUCUAAUAGAAUCUGGCUCGACAAGAAAACUGGAACAUUUCAAGCUUACCGCUCGCAAAUAUUGUCUUCUUUGGGCUUUUUCUUUCAGGCUUAUUCCCAAGAUUUUUAAAACACGUCUGCUAGGGAGAUGU